AUAUCAUUAGACUGGAGUCCGCUCAAUGAUAAGACAUUGUGUUUAGUGCUAUCUUACUAUUACAGUCGGGUAAGGUUAUAGAUCGCUAUACCCCAGUACCUGUCAUCGGCCACCUGGUGAAGGAUCGACCCAAUUAAUUCGGACAUACCUGGCCGGUAAUUAGGUGCAAAGUGUCUUAUAUUGGAUUCUAAAUUACCAGAAAAUUGCACCACAUUUCGUGAGCAUUCAAGUGACAAAAGUUGUUGCUUUAUUUAUUUUUGUGUGAAAAGGAUCGUGUGUUAUUAUCUACCUGGGUUCUCCAUAGGAGGGUCCUAACGUUGGUGCUGUCCGAAGUCAUAAUAAGGCGCAGGUGUAACAAACAUUUUACCUGGCCGUCGACACGUGUGGACGCGGGUCAAUAAAUCAUCGUAGUUUUAUUUCCCGGUCAAGUGCAGAUAGAUGAUUUUCACUUUCUCGUGGAUUAUAAACAGUGAAACAGAAAAGUCAAUUUGGUGUGGUUUACAGUGAUUUUACUACUGUUGUUCAACAUUCGUCAUUAUGCUGGAAGUAGACAGUUACCGCCGAACACUCCAUUCAACAGGGUAUGACCCGCGGAUUCCCAUGCCAGAGAUGCCAGACUUUGGGGGCCUACACGAGCCCUUUGCUUACCACGCCCUCUCCGCCGUCAACAAACCAGAGAAACAAAACUCCCUGAUCCACUGGUCCCCUCCCCCCGCGACUACCGUCUCUCCCACCCCAGCGACUGGCGCCAAGUCGGACGAAGAAGAUGAUGAAGACGACGAUGAUUGCCGUCCGUUCACCCCACCCCCUCCCAGGGAACGUCUCAGCUACACUCGCUACCAGCUGGAGAUGCUGAACAGUAUCUACAUCCGGGUCCGCUAUCCUAACAGCACACAGAAACUGCUGAUUGCGAAACGAGUCGGCAUCACAAGGGAGCAGGUCAAGAUCUGGUUCCAAAAUAGGAGAAGGAAGGACGUAAUCGGCAAGAAGAAAGAUGGAUCAGAGUCUGACUGUAGUAAAAGCGAUCACAGCGACACCAGAAGUGACCACGGUGACAACAGGAGUGAUCACGGCGAUAGUAAGGGCGACAACUGUGACAGUGACUCGGGUGUGAGCGAGGAGAACGGGGGACUCAUGGUACCGGAAGUGGUUAUGAAAAGUGUUAUUGCUGAGUUACACAAGUUCGAAAAGGAACCAAUUAAAUCGAAGAAAUUGAAAAAGAAAAUGAAAGCAUCUAGAAAGAAAGCGAAGAAAGCUGUCACUACACAACAGUUUCAGAGCAUGUUGUUGGGUAGCGGGUACGACAUGAUCUCACCGCCAAACCAAGUGAUAGCGCCGGCUCCUCCCAAGGUGUCGAGAGCAACAAAGUUCAACCAUUCUAAGGACAUGUCUGCGUUUGACGCUCCGAAGGAAGGGAUGCGACCCGUAAGUUAUAUGGACGGCUACGGAAAUUCGCUAGCCGGUUCGCUGAUGUCGUCUGUACCAAUGCGGGAUCUGCCCGCGGGACACUCCAGUGUGAACGCUUCCCUAGGCUGUGACAUGCCCGUGCUGUCCGACUUGUUAAACUACACUAAGACGUCUAGCGCGGACACACCCACUUCACGUACACACGAACAUUUGCAACGAGUUAGUGAAUCGUCUAUGAUGCAUCACCACCAAAAUCAAACAUCCCCGACAAGUGGGUUUUACCCGAGUGUAAGGACUGUCCACGUUGAUAGUCUUGGCCAACCGUCCAUGCCCAUGUCGUCCGCAGUGCUUAGUCGCGUAUAUCCGUACCCGUUUAUUGCCGAGCACCCCAUGGUGCUCUCAACAUUACGUCAUAACAUGGAGCCGUUUCGACCCCAGCCUCAGUACCCGGGCGGACAUCAUUACAAUGAAGACUACUCUCCGUUCCAGCCAUACAACAUUACGUCACUAGCCAAUCCUUAUUACUCACAAACAUCACCCUGGUCACAACAUAACUCAAGUGCCGAAAGCAACGGACCUUUCCAGCAGUUAUGAUGCUGACGGAUCACUAUAUACGAACGAUUACGUCAACUUAAUAGCUGUGCUCAUAAUCGAACAGACAUCACUCAUAAUGCUGAGGGGGUUACUGGCGAGCGAAAGUCACACACUUUUCUGCUUGUGACAUUAUACACGGUGGUCGACAGGCUAAAAUUGUAGACAAACUCUCAUCUAACCCACGAAACAGUAAUCUUCUGGAACUAUAUAAUUUGUGUGCCGGUACUGUAUUAAUUUAGCCGUACUCAACUGUGUCAUCUUGAGAGUUUUAAUGUAAUAGCUAGAACUGGUACUACCCUGGCGUGUGUGGACGGGAACUGUAUGUGAGGACCCCCGCGUCUGACUGAACGUAGGCUUGGUGUAAUUUGAGUGUGUGCGUAUCAUUGUUCCUUUAAUGGAAUAUGAAAUCCGAGUAGUUGCCUUCCGGUAUAAUCGGAAAUGGACAAAUACAACUCGACAGAACAAUCUCAGGUGCUAUCUGUUAUUCUUGUUAAUGUUUACUCCAUGUUUGUUUUAAAUAAAAUUAUAUAUUAAUG